CCAACAUCUAUUUUCUAACCUGAUGGGUCGCUGAAGAUUUCAAUAUUGGUUUCAAGAAUUUUAGAAAAUUGUAUUUGUAUUAUUGAAAAAGUAAAAUGGCUUCAAAAGGAGGCCCUAUGGCCGCAGGAACUGACGGCACUGAUUUUGCUCACAGACAAAGGGUAGCAGCACAAUAUCAAAUCAGUGCUCAAAACAAGUCUCGGUUAAAAUACUGCAUUUUCUUCCAUUACCUAUUAUUUUUUGCGAUGCUCGCCAAACUGUCUGCGGACAUUCUCGAUAGACUUGAUAUUUUCAUUCUUGAAAUAGAAGAACUGGCAGUACCAAAGCCACUACUAUGGGAAUACAUUUGGUGUAUAAGCUUGCUCCUGUCGUUUCUGGGUCUGGCGGCAGUUAGAAAGAACAGGAUCGUAGUCAUGAAGCGAUACAUGAUUGGAAUCUGUGUGUUUGGUUUCGGACCCAUCCUUUACGCUGCCAUCUACUACUUCUCCGAGGCCUGGCAAUAUAUUACCACCGGAGACACUGAGGAUAUCCAACUAUGGCAGGGUUACCCGUACGCUCUCCUGUGGUAUGCUUUCAUCAUGCUGGCCAUGCAAGUGCAUUCAUUCUCGUUGUUGUUUGCACGCAACCUCAUGGUGGCAUGGUCGGCCAGAGGUACGAAGAAGAUGGAGUAGAGUCCUUCCCCACUCCAGUACAGUGUUCAUUGAGUUUUCCAAUCUGAGUUCUGCCUGAUAAACUCUAGUCUGCUCUUUAGAACAGCUGUGGUAGCAUCAGUGUUGCCUUCUGUAUCACUUGCAGUGAUUGUAAUUUACGUUUUCCAACUUAGUUUAACAGUGAUGAUUUUCGGAAUAGUUCGGUGUCUUAAGGUAGAAGUCCUAUAUGCCAUGAGAUUCAACUUGUUCCAGGACUUUCUGUUUUAAACACUAUAAAAAGUGCUGUUUUGGAUAUUGCUCAAUAAGCUGUUUAUUUUGUCCUCAACAGCACCUAGAGGCGAUUUUAUCAAUCUACGAGAGCUCUUUAAAGUUUCACUAUUUUUACAUCCGAUUGUUAGGCAUAAUUGCAUUGUUGGGUACAUAAAUACUAAUUUUGUGUAUGCAACAAGUGUAUUUGUGCACACUCAUUAAAUGAGCAAAAACACUCAGAUUUGGCGUCUAAUGCAUGUGUUUGUUAGAGUGAAUAACGGUUUGCAAUACUUGAAACUGAACUUCGAACAUGUAGGUACAUCCUAUUAGGUUUAAUUGAGAACUGUACAAUUUACAUGAUUCUAAAGCCUCGGUUUGAAUGGCAACCAUGGUGUUUAUAUGGGACAUCUACUUUGGUCCGUUUGAUUAAUUAUAUAUUUUUUUCUGUUCGGCCUAAACCCCAAUUUUAAUAGUAACCUAUUUAUUGCUUUAACUGUUUUUGUAAACUUAAAUUCUUGCUAAAAGCUAUUUAGUUGUAUAAAAUACUUAAUAUGAAUUGUUCUCAGUUAUAAGCCCAAUGUUUUGUUAUGGACUUAAACAUUUUUGGUUAGUAUUGGAAAGAUUUACAUUUUUAUGCUAAAUGCCGAGUUAAAGGAUUCCUAGAUUUAAGGGUGUGAAAUAGUUUUUAGUUGGAAUCAGAUUCAUAAUGGGUAAUAGUUUUAGAACUUAAUUGAUGUAAUGGUGCUCAAUGGAUUAGUAGAAUAACAAGCUCGAAAUAGUUUAAAUAAUUUUCAUUUGUUUAUGAAGAAUUUAGCAAAUUAUCAGUUUUAUCAGCCUAAAUUUUGUUUAAUUUCCAAAUCAGUACUUAAAUGUAAAAUUCUUGGAUCACUGCAAACAACUGUAAUACUGUACCUACUCCACUUUAGCUUGGAUGCCAUUAAAAAUGUAUAUAUUUAUGGAUAAACGUGAAUGUCGAUGGAAUAGGAUAAUAUUUUUAUACUUGACGUAAGAACCUUUUCGAAUGACAAGCAAAACUUGGCCAAUUUCAUCAUUCGAAAACUAUACUUCACUACUUAAAACCCCAACAUUGAAUCUUCAAACUUUAUCAUUUGUACAAACACAUAACCUAAUCAACCAUUUUAAAUCACUAUUUUCAAAUAGUUGUACUUCAUUCAUAAAGUGGAUUGUUUACUCAUGUAAUGCCUAAUAUUUAAGCAUAUUUUACAUGGAUUUGAUGUUCACUAUACAUAUGUAUUUGAAAUUUCUAAGAGCACUGACUGUUGGUAUGUAUUUCAAUAUUUGUGGUCCAAAUUAGAGGCUAUAGGAAAUCACAUUUGGCAAUAUAUUUUGUGCCAAAAUUUUAAAUCACCUAAAUCAUAGUUUUAUACCUAAAUGAUCUGAAUGCACAAUUUUAAUGUACAAUGUUGCGUCCUUGAGUUGAUAACUAGUUAUGUAAACGUGUGUAUAGUUGCCUUUAUUUGUGUUGAAAUUCAACGGCUAAACUUCUUUGUAUGUUUUGAACUCGUUACGUAAAAUUUUUACAUCUGUGUUAUUUUAGUGAAUGAAUCAGUCCAUAAAAUCCUAGGUGACUUAGUUAUACUCCAAGCGAUGCUCAAUUUUAUCCUCUAAUUUGUUUAAUUUACAAAUUUACCUCGGUUGCAAGGCACUUGGCAAUUAAAUGUUGCUUGAUCCCGACAUACGUGUGCAUUUAACUUCUACAGGUUGGUCUUGCUGUGAUUAAAACAUUGAUGUUGUGAUUGUUGAAAUUUUAUCGAUGUGUUUUAAAUAGUUUCAAUGUGUAUUGGAUAGUUAAUGUUGUAAGGCCCUCUGUGUUCACGUCCGGACCUGCGUACAGCCAUUAGUUCCACGUUGUAAAUAUGACGAACCCUUCGAGGUUCACUUGUUUGUAUAAAAAAACUUUAUUGAACUUGUUAA